AUGGCUUUAAACGAGUCUAAUUUUACUUUUGGCAAUGAUUACUACGAACCUAAAGAAUGGCCAUUGAUAAAACAUGAAGAAUUUACAAUUGUAUUGUUAUGUUUUGUGUAUGGAUUAAUAUUUGUAACAGCCUUAAUUGGUAAUUGCUUAGUAAUUUGUGUGGUAUGUAAGAACCCAGGAAUGAGGAACGUUACUAACGUCUUUAUAGUGAAUUUGGCAGUUGCUGAUAUACUGGUUACCUUAUUCUGUACACCGUUAACUCUGCUUGACAACAUUUACACUGGUUGGAGAUUUGGAGCAUUUACCUGUAAAACGACGCCAUAUAUACAUCAUGUUUCUGUUUGUGCUUCAGUCAACACUCUAGCAGCAAUUGCAAUUGACAGGUACUCUGCAAUUUGCAACACAUGGAGAUCUAAAAUCAACACUUGUACUUCACGUGCCAUGAUUUUUUUUAUAUGGUUAAUGGCGGUUGUGCUCGCAUUACCUAUUGUAUUCUUUUAUGAAAAGUUUGACGGAGAAUUUGAUCAACAAACAAUACCAAUGUGCCAUCAGAUUUGGCCAGAUUACGACCUCCAGCGAAGUUAUUACGUUGUUGGACUUUUUAUUAUGUGCUAUGCUCUUCCGCUCUCAUUUAUUGUUGUGUGCUAUUUUUCAAUUGUUUACAAAGUGUGGACACGACGUGCACCUGGAAUAGCAAGCAAUUUUGCAACGAUCAAUAAGUCGAAAGUGAAAGUUAUCAAAAUGUUUUCGAUCAUUGUUAGUCUGUUUGCAUUUUCCCGUCUUCCGCUAUAUGCAGUAUAUUUCCAGCUGUACUUCCAUCCUCCUACUGACGUGGAAUACGUCAAUUUUAUUUCUUUAUAUAUCAUUCCUGUUUGUCAAUGGUUAGGUUUGUCAAAUUGUUGUGUCAAUCCAAUCAUUUACUGCUUUUUCAGCAGGAAGUAUAGACAUGGUUUUAAAACAUUGGUACGAUGCCGGAAUUGUCGUGAUAACAACUCCUUUCGUAGUAUAAAACAUCACACUGUAACUUCACGAUGUUUGACGAAUAUGUCUACAACAUCGCAUGGGGAUUCAAAACGCCAGAGGAGGCAAUAUAAUCCCGCAAGAUUUAUGUCUGUGCAGUUUGAAAAUGGACAAAUGACACUCACAUUCAGAAAAGACGAAAGAGAGGAUACAUUUUCAUCUUUCUAGAUGGAAGAUCGUCUGCUAUUUUACUGUCAUAUCGGUGUUAUUAUUCAGAACAUAUAUCAUUUCAAAAAUGAUAAAUGUAAUGACACCUUACUUACU